AUGUUAUCUCAUUGUCUUGCAAUUUCUAUGGGCUCAGGCGGGCCUUUGGAGAUUAUUGAGCAUAUGAAAUCGGGAUAUCUUAUUCCAGAGUCUGGCGCCCAUGACGAUUUUUCACCUCCAAUUAGUCUUUUGGAAAUCUUGGCCCGAUUAUUUGCCUCAGGACCCGAGAAAAAUAAUUCGCCACAUGACAUCCAGCGCAUCAUUCAGAAUGGAUAUGCCAAGAUAUCCGAAUACUUUACAAUGGACAAUUUUACGACCACGAUCAUCCGUGAUGCAUUGUCAAAAAUCACAACGAAGCCUUUGCGGAUUGCUAUGAUUCACCCGAUGUUUACAGGAAUUGCUGGCGCGGAUCGUUUAAUUAUUGAGGCAUGUCUUUCUUUGCAAUCGAAAGGGAAUACUGUCAACAUUUUUACUACAGAUUAUCACUUGAAACAAGAGUCUUUUUCUGAUGAGGGCAUGGUAAAUAUUACUUCAAUCAACACCCACAUGCCAAACUCGAUCUUCGGUUAUUGCGUCCAUCCUUUUAACUAUUUAAAAUCGAUGAUUCUGAUUGUAUGCGCAUUGAGUCGGCUUCUUUCUCAUGACAUGAUAAUCUGCGAUCAACUACCGACCGGAAUUCUCAUAUUGUAUUUUUUAAUGAGCCUACUGUGUGUGAAAAAUGAAAAUAGGCCAAUACUCGCAUAUUAUUGCCAUUAUCCCGACUUUGCGCAUGUUUUCCUCUUAAAAAGAGGAUUCAUAUUAAGUGCCGGAAGAAGAUUCUUUAGCUUUUUGGAGAAAAAAGCAAUGCAAUGUUCCGAUAUUGUUUACGCAAAUUCCGGGUUUACCAAAACCGCAAUCAUCACACAUUUCCCACAAUGCCACCACGUCGAAGUUUUAUAUCCAGGAAUUCCAGAGUUCACUCCCAAUUUUGAAAUUUCAAAUUCGUUUUUCAAGGAAAAUCCGGUCUGUGCCAUCAUAGAGAAUACUAACUCGAUGCUUUCGCUUAAUAGAUUCCUUCCGUCAAAAUACCUGGAGAGAAUUAUCGCGCUGACAAAUGCGCUAAAACAAAAGAAAACAAAACUUACCACUGUCAUCAUGGGCGGAGGCUGUGGUAUGGACAUUGAAAAAUUGGAAUAUUUAAGUACCCUGGUUGCUAUAUGCAAAGCAUAUUCGCUUUCAUUUACGGUUGCUCAUGCUAAUAAGAUAAUUUUGUGUUCCAAAGAUCAGCCCACGGGUGCUGUGGACGUCCUAUUUGUUGUGAAUGGAACGGAUGAGCAGAAACGUUUCUUUCUUGCCCAUUCUAAAGCCUUAUUUUACACCGCUUCUUAUGAGCAUUUUGGAAUGGGAAUUGUUGAGGGAAUGCUUUCCCACUGUUUCCCGAUAGCAAUGGCAUCUGGAGGUCCAUUGGAAAUUAUUGAGCACAUGAAGUCCGGGUAUUUGGUACCAGAACCGACGAAUGGCGCUUCUUUCUCACCGCCUGCCGAUCUUGUCAAUUUAUUGGCUAAAUUGUAUGGCAACAAUCUAGCUCGCGAGGAAUCACCACAGGAUCUCAAGAAAAUCAUCGAAAAUGGAUACAACCGAGCAAAGUCUCUCUACACGAUAGAAGCUUUUUCCGAUGCCAUUAUCAAGCAUUAUUUAGCAAAAUCUGCUAUUAGCCUCCCAGAAUAA